GCGUCUGGAAAAAAGUGGGGAAACUCAGCGAGCCGGUGUCCACCUCGUUAUUCUGAUUGGUUCUGGUGCUGCACAGGGGCGGGAUGUAGCUAUUUAACGCAUUUUGAUUGGGUGGAAGAGGGGGCGUGUUGGGGAAUUCCCAGCAGGGCGGAAGCACUGGAGAUCACGGCAGAGCCCAGCGACAGGCGGGCGACUACAGGGGGCCACCCGAGGUGGCUGGGACCAUGGCCGGGGUCGCGUGCUUGGGGAAAACUGCGGACGCCGAUGAAUGGUGCGACAGCGGCCUAGGCUCUCUAGGUCCGGACGCAGCGGCUCCCGGAGGACCAGGGCUGGGCGCAGAGCUGGGCCCCGAGCUGUCGUGGGCGCCCCUGGUCUUUGGCUACGUCACUGAGGAUGGGGACACGGCCCUGCACUUGGCCGUGAUACAUCGGCAUGAGCCCUUCCUGGAUUUCCUCUUGGGCUUCUCCGCCGGCACUGAGUACCUGGACCUGCAGAAUGACCUAGGCCAAACAGCCCUGCACCUAGCAGCCAUCCUGGGGGAGGCAUCCACGGUAGAGAAGUUGUAUGCAGCUGGCGCAGGAGUGUUGGUGGCUGAGAGAGGGGGCCACACCGCGCUGCACUUGGCCUGCCGGGUGAGGGCCCACACGUGCGCAUGCGUCCUGCUCCAGCCCCGCCCCAGAUGCCCAAGGGAUGCCUCAGAUAUCUACCUCACUCAGAACCAGGACCAAACCCCAGACACCAGCCACACCCCUGUUGCUGUGAACCCCCAACCCAACCCAGAGAACGAAGAGGAGCCGAGUGAUGAAGACUGGAAGCUGCAGCUAGAAGCUGAAAACUAUGAGGGCCACACCCCACUCCAUGUAGCUGUCAUCCACAAAGAUGUGGAGAUGGUCCGGCUGCUCAGGAAUGCUGGAGCUGACCUCAAUAAACCGGAGCCCACGUGUGGCCGGACCCCUCUGCACCUGGCAGUAGAGGCCCAGGCAGCCAACGUGCUGGAGCUUCUCCUGAAGGCCGGUGCUGACCCCACCGCCCGCAUGUAUGGGGGCCGCACGCCACUUGGCAGUGCCCUGCUCCGGCCCAACCCCAUCCUUGCCCGCCUCCUCCGUGCACAUGGAGCCCCUGAACCCGAGGAUGAGGAUGAUAAGCUUGGCCCUUGCAGCAGCAGCAGCAGCGACAGUGACAGCGACAGCAGAGAUGAGGGCGAUGAAUAUGAUGACAUCGUGGUCCACAGUGGCAGGAGCCAAAACCAGCUACCUCCCUCCCCGGCAUCCAAACCUCUUCCUGAUGACCCCAACCCCGCCUGACUUAAGUUCUAAUAUUAAUAUAAUUCCCAGUUUAAUAAAAACUUCCGACCUGACA